CCGUUACCGUCCUCCUGCCCUUUGCCCCCCCCGUUACCGUCAGCACCCCCUUGUGGCCCCCACCCCCCCCGUUACACUCCUCCCCCCCCCCCGGGCGUCGUGUGGAGGCGGACGCAUCGCCAUGGUGCUCCCCCCCCCCCCCGCGUGGGGUUGAUGUCAAAAGUGAUAACGUUUUUUGUUUGUUUGUUUGUUUGUUUUUAUUUUUCUUCCCAAGCUUGUCCAGUAUGAGCAAGGGAUUAUUUUCGUGUAGGAAACCUUUUUGUUUUCUUAGCGCAGUGGUGCCUGGGGCCCCAGCACUGCACGCAGAGCACGGGGGCUGGAAGGAAAACACACAGCCCACAGCAUCCUACAGCCCCCCCUGUUCCAGGGCUGACAGAUCGGGACCCUUGUGUGAGGGAAAAGCUAGGGGACACAGCAACCUACAGCCCCCCUGUUCCUGGGCUGACAGAAUGAGGCCCUUGUGUGGGACAUGCCUGCAGCAGGACAGCUGGGGAAAAGGCUAGACUGGCUUUGAAGAGGAGCAUUUUCCAAGCCCUAUAACAUUAUAUUCUAGCAUUCCUUCCUAUUUCUAACAUUGCUGCCUGUUUCUAACAUCCCUCCCUAUUCUAACAUUCCUGAGGGAGCAAAAUAUGCCCUUGCUUUAAAGAGGAGAGGAAGCGUCAGCCUGUGUGUUGGGCAUGCAGUUACAGAAGGGCUGAGGAGAUGAGGAAAAUGGGGGCGUUGAUCUCAUCCCUGCUGAAUUGCUCUUGCCCCGCUCCUUACUCUGUGUUGCAGCCACGCACGUGAUGGGCUCCUCAGCACAAAACUGCUCUUGCAGUGUGUUUACAGUGCCCGGAUGAAAGGUGUCCUGAAUAGACCUCCAGCGUCAUGAAGCAAAGAUAGGAAAUGAUAGUCUGUUCUUCUCUACUUUUCAUCUAGCUUUUCAAGGUCUUCAAAUCCUUGGUGAGGGCUUAGAUACACUAAUUUACCUCUUGGGAAAGCUAAGGCAACAACACAAAAAAAGACAGCAAGCCCUUUUCAGAGAUAAACCAUUUUAACUACUCGUCUUAUCAAGAAAAGUAGUAUUGUUUUCUGAUGUGAUUCAGAAGAGUACAUGACCUUGUCAUGUCUUGCAUUGAAAGUUAAGGUUCAACUACAUUAUGAUCCUUGAAACUGUCGUCUCCUUAUUAUCCCUAAAGAGUGUGGUGAGGGGCAGAAGACUGAAGAAAGAGGUAAGAGAAAUAUAAGUGGCAUUUGAUAAAAAAUCAGCAGUAACAGCUUUUCUUGCCUUUUUUUUUUUUUUUUCCUGACAAUGUUUGAGCCUCUUGGGGUCACUUUUAAUUUAACGUUCCUGUCACAUUUUCCAUAGAGGUGCAUGCAGCAGUUUGAAGAAGCUGCCUCAGAAAAUCAGUACAACAACCACCAUUCAAUAUGUUCACUAUUUCAUUUUAUACCCCCUUAUUUAAUUUAUUGAUAUAGAGAAUAUCAAAUGUGUAUCUAUGUACGUUUGCCUACUGCUUUCUUGGAUAACUUUUCCCUUUGUGGCAGUGACAAUAGGGAAUACCAGGAUGUCAGAAGGGGGUGUCCCUUGAGCCUGCCAGGGGAUGACAUGGAGUGAUCCGUGUGUUCAUGUACUUAGAUUUCCCCCAUUCAUGGUAGAUGAUUGACAGGAGCAUGGAAGAGACUGCUCUCCAGCAGGCAGCUUAAAUGCUGCGUGACCUUGCUCUUUUAAGGGUUGUAUGUUUCCCUCAAGCAGCAAAAGUUUCCAGUACUUUCAGUGGCAGUUCAGCCUGAGUCAAGGUGAGACAGUUGCAAGUUGCUGCUUAAAUGCACUGGAGAGAAUUUCCAGGUUGUCUUCGGGCAGACUUCGUGGCAGCAGAGGGGAAGAGUACCUUCCCUUCACAUGGGCGCCACCAAACAUCCGAAUUCUUCGCCCAUCUGUGCAAUCGUCCCAGGUAAAGCCUGGUAUCUGGACUGUCACAGAUGUGUGAGAGGCUGUCUCCCAAGUGGGGAGGUAACCCAGGUGGGCAGAAAGAGGCAGGUUAGACAGAGCGUGAGGAACCUUAAGAGAGAAGCACAUCCCAGUGAGGAAAGUCACCUGCAGCACGAGGGGGCAGUGCUGGGAGGGAAGGGGAAAGCAGCACCACAGCCUCUGCAGCUCUGCUCGCUGCACAUUUUAAUUCCGCAACAUAAACCACACUGGCCCGUGUCAGAUGCCUCCUGUGCAGCCAGGUGGUGAGAAGGGCCCACACAGAGGUGACGCAGAGCGCUGUAUGAAGAAGCAGGGUGCAGGACAGCAGCCAGCUGGGGAAUCGAGCUCAGGGCCCGUGCUUCCAGACAGUUCCAGCCACAGACGCACACGUCUCAGUUGUAGCAAGGACGUCCUUUCCAGGAAAAUUUUUGGCCAUCCUCUUUUCCAAGCACCCUGCUGGCUAGUGAGCUGUGCCUUUACUGAAGAGUUUCCAGGGAAGAGUAAUUCUGCUGACCCAGAGCCAGAGGGCAGAGCUGCUGGGAGACCUGACCAGCUGGAUGCCUUCCCCCGGUCCCCCCCGGGGCAAGAUAUUGAGUGCCCUCUGUUUAGCAAACCACUUAGCAUUUGGCCCACACAAACCACAAAUGAUACCUUCUCACCUGAAGGGAAUAAAAGCACUUCACCUCUCUUCAUGCAAUGAGACUGUUACAUUAAAAGCCUCUUAAAUUUUAGACCUUGUGAUUAAUUUCUGUUGGCCCAACCGUCAAGUUCAGACCAUGCUCAGACCAUGCUAUCAUCUGCUUCAGCUACUGUUUCAGAUCCACAGAGGUCUUAACCCUCGCUGUUUCUCCAAAGAAAAAACACCUUGGACUUAAACAACAGUUUUGUCAUGUUCUCUAAAAUCAGAGCAACCUCAAGUACCCUCUGAAGACAUGACUUUCGCUAAAAUAAACCCCACUAAAAUAAACUUUGCAUCCUCCAAUUUGCACUGUGUUGAAAUGGUCUUUUAGAAACAAGCAAACAAACCAAAACUGAAAGCUUAGGGGUCCCAAUCCUGGCUAAGUGUGCUGUUCUGACACUGACCUGUUUGCAAAUAGCUUCUCUUUCAGACAGUGCUUUGGAGCAGGAGGCAGCGAAGCUUAAACAAUAAUCCCCCAGCAGCGGGCCCCAGUUUUGCAGUCUAACACACAGUUCAGGUUUCCCCAGGGAUUGGGGACUGCCCACCAACACCCCGCCCCCAAAAAGCUGCUCAUUCUCUGCAGCUGCAGUCCUCCGUGGCUCUCGGACAACCUGAGUUCCUUUCUUUGGCUGCUGAGCUGGAACCAUUCUGUUAUUGGGGGGAUACUAAAAAGCAUUACCCGGAUAAGAACACCUCCCGCUGACCUGCCCCAAAAGCCUGCCUGAUGCCAGCCUGGGGGUGAGACGGAGGAAGGUGGAACACCAGUGCAGCAGAACAAACCCAGCAGAUACUGUCCUGCCAGCUGAACUUUACAGAGGCUGCUGUUUUGCUGCCCCAUUUCCACUAAUUAAAUGCACCACGUUCAUGUUCCUUUGGAAAGCUUCAGUAUUAUGUUUCUCUGACACUCCCUUCUCUAUUCUUUUACUCCUUUCCAAAACGAAAAUAAAAAUAAUUAAAAAAAAAAAGGCAGACUCUGGGCUGAAUCAGAGCAGUCAUGCUUCGAAUCCGAAGGUGCUCCCAACACCUUUUUUUUCCUGUCUCAACCCCAAAUUUGGGUCCCUAGUCUACACCCUGUACUGUAAGAAACUUUAUUGAUUUGACAGCAGGAUUUAAUACUUACUGCUGCUUCACCCUGGCACAGGUCAUUCUGUCAGUUUGUGCCCCACCAACCACCUCCCUCCCAUCUACUGCACCGUGCCCUAGUGUGCUCAUUCCUCAGACUCCCAGGAUUUGUGUAGAAGGACGUGAGUAACCCCACUGGCCUUUUCUCUGUAGCCUGCUGGCUUCAUAUCACAAAAGCUUGCCCAGAAGCCCCUUGCUGCCCCUGGCCAGCCACCGUGCAGCCCGCUCGGGAAUUGUACUUCAUCUAUAGCCGUCAGCCUUCCUCUGUCCUCUUCCUCCUCCCUCAGCAGCACCUGGGUUGUGCAAGUGUCAUCGCAGGUGCUAUCAACCAACCUCCUGAUAUCCAUGAGGUUAUCCAGAUAAGAUAGGGAAAAGAGCUGGUUUCAAGGUCUUUAGUCCACAUUUCUAUUUCCUCGCUCCCCUGCCAGCAGAGCGCUCCUAAUUUUUCCAGAAGAAAAACUUUGCUUUAAGUGUAAAUAUAUGGGCACAAAGCACAGCUGUGUGGGCGUUAAGUAUGUUGACGUGAUCCAGGGCAGGAAGAGGGGCACUGAUUCUCCCUGUCCGCUUCAUCCAGAUAAAAGUGGAUGCGUGGUGUCAGGCUGGCCACGGGGGAAAGGCACCUCAGCAAGAACUGUCAGACCGGGAGCUGCCUCAGCUCGUCAGCUGCUGCCGAUCUGGCUUUGGAGAAACCAGCUGCGCUACCUGUACUCCUUGACUUGCUGCGGUGCUGCCUUUGAUGGAUGGGAGCACACCAAAAUUCUCACUGGGCGUCUCCCGCCCCUACCUCAAAAGCAGAGCCUAAAGCCCUCCCAAUCUUUCAUCGGUGAAAUGAGGCUGGCCGGACUUGUUAAGAUCAAGCCGCCCCAUCUCAAAGUUUUCCUUUUCAAAGGAGGAGCCGUCUGCUCACGGGUUCAUUGAUUCCCUGCCCAGCAGGAAUGUUUGCUCGGCACGGACAAGCCACACCUCUGAUGACUGUAACAGGCAGAGCGCUCUCUGUUUUGAUAUACUAUCAGCUGGGUUUAUCAAGGUAUAUAAACAAAACCUCCCCACUCCAGAACUCUCCCUCUUCUGGCCAGUUGUCCCUGUGGAGUGUGCGGGGGCUGCGACUGAGCUGAGCUCACCUGCUAUUUCAAGGAAUUUUAAUAGCAGGUUUUAAGCUACUUAUUUACUUUUUUUGGUCUGUGCAGGAAGUCUGAGCUAAAAAAAAAAAAGAUAGAAGUAUAAUUACCCUGGCACGCCUGCAUUCCUGCUCCGGGCUCAGGCGGGGAGGGCGUCUUUCUUGUCGGUGCAGGCACAUUUGAGCCAGGAAGAGGACCAGAUCCCUGGAGAUCAUCGCCACAAACGCGUGUAACUGAAACCUCCAGCCAUGCUGAAACAGAUAUUAUCGGACAUGUACAUCGAUCCUGACCUGCUGGCAGAACUCAACGAGGAGCAGAAACAGAUCCUCUUUUUCAAGAUGAGGCAGGAGCAGAUCAGACGGUGGAAAGAAAGAGAAGCUGACGCAGAAAAGGAAGAAAAGAAGCAGCAAAAGAAGCCACCGCCAAGAAAAGCCAGCGGGAAGUCAGUGAAAUGGAAGCUGGGUGCCGACAACGAUGUCUGGGUCUGGGUGAUGGGCGAGCAUCCUUCAGAUAAAUCGUAUGCAGCCAUCUGUGAAGAGAUCCAGGCACAAAGGGCAAAGCAGUUAGCAAGCGAGCAAGGCAAGGAAGCGAGAGAGACCAACUGUUCUGUAACGCCGUCUCUGCAUCCCCAGUCGGGAGUCCUUGGUGAGACAGAUGUUCAGGGGAACAAUAAAGGCACUCUGGAGGAACAGAAAGAAGAUGAUAGAAAAAUUGCUGCUGCUACAAUGGGGAAAAGCCAGGAGCUCAAAAAGAGGGAAGCCAGGGAUGUUCACCAGAUGCUGGCAGACUGCCACGUGAGGAAGGGUGGCUUCCCGCAGAUGAAGGAAGCACAGAAGAGAAAUUCAGAAGAAACCACAGUCCCACUGAAGGCAAUACCACAAAGCCACACAAGCUCAGAGACCCAGAGUACGCUGCAGAAAUCUGAUGAGAAUGAGCCUGAAUGGCAGGAAUCCUUGCGGAAAGCCAAGGCAGCAGAUGAGAAGAGACGCUCCCUUGCGCGGCAGGCCAGGGACGACUACAGGAGGCUUUCGCUGCAGGGUGUCCACAGAGGGAAGCAGGCAGAUAUAUCCAAGAAUGCCACAGCAGGAGAUCGGCGACCGCUCCAAUACCCGCCUCUCCCACCCAAGCCUAAACUUCUACCUUCUGUGAUGGCAAACGGGAAAGCAGUUAGGAAAGAGGGAAUCCAGAGGACAAUCUCCACUUCCACUGAAGAAAGCAUCAUCAAGUGGUUCAAAGAGGAGCAAUUCCCGCUCCGAGCUGGCUAUCAGAAAACCACAGACACGAUAGCACCGUGGUUCCAUGGUAUCCUGACUUCUCAGAAAGCAGAGGAGCUUCUGAGCAAAAUGGUGCCGGGGAGUUUUCUGGUCCGGGUCAGUGAGAAAAUCAAAGGCUACGUGCUUUCCUAUCGGUCUGUGGAGGGAUGUAAACAUUUCCUUAUUGACGCCUCUAGUGAUUCCUACAGCUUCCUCGGAGUGGACCAGCUACAACAUUCAACGCUGGCUGACCUUGUCGACUACCACAAGGAAGAAGCCAUCACUUCCAUGGGGAAGGAGCUGUUGCUUUACCCAUGUGGUCAAGAGGACCACGAACCAGAUUACGUCUCUCUCUUUAAGUGAACUUCUCAGUCUCAUCACAUAGCCCCGAGCCUGUUUUCACAAAGACCGCACUUCGAACUGGAGCUGGCUGACACUUACCUGAAACUUGCCUCGAGUCCCUGUAUUUUAAAUCCUUCACAACAAAGCAGUAGGAGGAUAAGUGCUGUUGUGGGCUUCUCAUUUCAACAGGAUGCAUCAGCCCAGCAAGCUACAAAGCACCCAGAAAUAUCACGCACAUUGGAGUGAAUUAGAUGAUGAAGUAUCAGCUGCACGGGGAGAUACUGCCACGUAUUUUCAUUGGGUUUCUGCAGAUUUCCUCGGGGACAUCUAUGUUCAAGCUGCCUUUUGCUAUUGACUGCAAGGUUGUGUGCUGCCUGGGAAAUAGAUUGGUAUCUGCAAUUGAAUGAGAUCAUAGCUUCCUGAAGGCACCAAACAACUCGGAGAAGUGAAUUGGUCUUGAGAGUAAUUUGUAUAAUGUGAAGCUUAAUCCUGUAAAAUGCUGUGCCCUUGGAAUCAAGGAUGUUUGAGCCAAACAUCCAAGCAAACCCCUGGUGCCUUUCAGUGACGUGUUCUCUGUAGAGGGAUUUUCAUGAAAAAUGCAUUUUAAAAGUUCCUUUAGCUUCUGAAUAUAGAUUCUCACUCUUUUAACCUGUAUCUAUAUCCCACGCUGGCCUUUCUGCAUAGAGGGGGACUAAUCUUUUGGAAGGGAGAGGAGAAGGGAUACAGGAAUUUGUUUGCAAGGAACAUGCACAGAGCCUAAACAAUGUAAGAAACAGGGCAUAUCAGUAUUAGUAAAGUUUACAGAAAUGUUUGCCAGUAAAGAAUGCUAUUUUCCAGAAUGGAGCUAUUUAUUACAAGUUGUGUCCAGAUUACUGCAUCGGUUGUGAACUUUAACAUAGAACUAUUUCUUUCAA